AUGGCCGUGCUGGGGCGGCUGCUGGAGCGAGACCUCUCACCCGGCCAGGCGGCCGCCUUCUCAUCCAUGGGAAUGACCCCGCGCAGCGCGCUGAGUUCUUUGGCGGCUGACCCCGAGCUCGUCGACCUCAUGGCACUGCCCAAGGUCAAGCGGGCGCUGGCCGACGCCAAGGCCGACCCCGAAAACGGCCUGGCGCGGUGGGCGGGCGAUGCGGAAGUCCAGCGGGCGCUGGACCUGCUUGAGGCCGCGCUUGGGGGCGGCGGCGUCAUCGAUGUGCAGGCGGAGCGGUGA